AGGGGGGGUUGCGAGGGGAGGGGCUUGGGAAGAAGGCAAUGAUGAUGGCGGACAGGGACAGUGGCAGCGAGCAGGGGGCGACGGGCGGCGGCCUUGUUGCCGGCGCGGGCGCCGCGUCCUCGUCGGGAGGCGGCAUGAUGAUGCAGCAGCAGCAGCAGGAGACGCAGGAGCUGGCGUCAAAGCGCGUCGACAUCCAGAACAAGCGCUUCUACCUGGACGUGAAGCAGAACGCCAAGGGCCGCUUCCUCAAGAUCGCCGAGGUUGGCGCGGGCGGCAGCAAGAGCCGCCUCACGCUCUCCAUGUCCGUGGCCGUCGAAUUCCGAGACUACCUGGGCGACUUCAUCGAGCACUACGCGCAGCUCGGGCCCAGCUCUGGCAUGGGUGGAGGAGGAAGCGGUGGCGGCGGCGGCGGCAGCGGCAUCGGAGGCGACUCGCUCCACCAUCACCACCACCAGCAGCAGCAGCUGCAGCAGCAGCAGCCGGACGAGCCACGCCGCGCACUCAAGAGCGAGUUCCUGGUGCGCGAGAACAGAAAGUACUACAUGGACCUCAAGGAGAACCAGCGCGGCCGUUUCCUGCGCGUCCGUCAGACCGUGAGCCGGGGCCCCGGUCUCGGGGCCCAGGGGCAGACCAUCGCCCUGCCGGCGCAGGGGAUGAUCGAGUUCCGAGACGCGCUCGCCAAGCUCAUCGACGACUUCGGCGUGGACGAGGAGCUGGCGGAGCUGCCCGAGGGCACGGCGGUGACGGUGGACAACAAGCGCUUCUUCUUCGACGUGGGCUCCAACAAGUACGGCGUGUUCAUGCGGGUGAGCGAGGUGAAGCCCAGCUACCGCAACUCCAUCACGGUGCCCCUCAAGGCGUGGGCCAAGUUCGGCGCCACGUUCAGCCGCUACGCCGACGAGAUGCGCAAAAUCCACGACAAGCAGCGCGAGAAGAGAGCCGAGCAUCUGCCCCAGGAGGAAGAGGAGGAGGCAGGCGAUGAUGAUGGAGAGGAGGAUUGACUCGGUGGUGACCGUGCCCUGCCUCCCUUGUCUCGUCCCCACUUUCCGCCACCACCUCGCCCUCAGUCUCCUCCACCACCACCUCCCUCAGCCUCACUCCUGGUUCACGCCGAAGUUUAAAGCCGCCACCCAGACGUGUACACCCACUCUGAGUUCACCACCACCCUCGCGAUUGUCAACUCCACCUACUUAAGCAGAUAUACCCGGCUCUAUCGUUAAUCAAUUAAACUCGCACUCUACUAAACUCGUCCUACUGUAAACCUACCCAGUUCCAGAUCGAAACCCACCUCACGCUAAACCCUAACCCAACCCCUUCACGCUCUUAAUCUCAUGCGAUCUUACACUCACCAAGUUUCCUCCCACUCGAAACUGACCUCGUGCUAAGUACUAGUUUCUUUCCACUAACCCCUCCCCCAGCUCCUUCCCACUCUUAACACCACCUCUCCAGAAUUCCAUCCAACUCGCAGACACUAUAAUCCCACAAAUCACGAACGCGUCUAAGGUUACCUCCCGCUCAAAAUCCAUAAAACCCGACCCAUACACAGCUUUUUCCCACUGUAAACACACUCGACUCUAAACGUGUUGGGCUCUUUCCCAUUCUAAACCCACCUUGUCAUUCCACUCUAAAUACAUACAAAACCAAACCCACCCAUCUCCAGACAAAUUCAAAACAUCUAACGAAACCUGCCCAUGCCCUUUGAACUUAAUGCUCACCCAACCCCACUCGAAAUCUACCCAUCCAGCAUAACUCCAAACUCACCCACACAAUCUAAUCGCCUACCCAACUCGCUGCCCCCAGCAAUUCGCAUAGCCACAACAUAAAAUGCUGCUAACGCUAAACUCCAGCACACGUUUCCAACAUCGCGUGUCUGUGUCAUUCUGCCCGCUUGUAUCACCCCGAUUCACUCUGGUAAGGUUGUCACUUUCUCACCCCUCUCGUCGAUGGCACCCAACCUCUCAAUACUGUAUUACGAGUGCGUGUCUCCCUGCUUGUAACACCCUGGGCACACUUCGACAACGAGCGUGCCUAAUUCUCUCACUUCCCUCGUCACCUGUAAUCCACCUCAAUAUUUAGUCCCAUAUCCGCCCUGCUCAACCGCGACACCCCUUUACACCACUACAACUUUCCCAAUAGCUCUCACUUUCUCUCCGAGACUCUCACUUUCCCCUCCCCUGCCCUUAACCUUGAGGCCGAAGAUGGCUUUGUAGUCGGCCACCUUAUUCGAGUCUAAGAAGCCGAAGUUGGCUUCGUAUUAGGCUGCCGUUACCACCUUGUGCGAAUGAGAGGCCAAUUUGGCUUUUUAUUCGGCCGCCUUGGACAAGACUGCAGUUGGCUCCUUAAGUCCGCCACCAAACCUUAUUCUCAUGCGAGGCACGAAAGCUGGCUUCUUAUUUGGCACCUCAACCUUCGCUUGCAGAACAGGAGGCCGAAUCUGCUGCUACAUAUUCGGAGAGUCAAAAAGGUCCAAAUUUAACCCUUGGGGCUCCAAAUGUAGCCAAUUUUGUCCUCCGCUAAGACGCCGGCUUGUGACCUCUUGUUGGAAUAAGUAUUUGGCUGAAUUAGAAGUCAACUUUGGCCUUUUUCCUCAACCCACGCUCCCUACCUCUCUCUCCCAGUGGAGAGGCUUUUUUUCCCCCUAAAGGCCCCGUUACUUAACCUACCCAACACCCCCAAGGCACCUAUACUUUCCCUUCCCCCAGGCCCCUCUUUGCCCCGGGACUGUUUAGCCUAGCAGAUCCGUCAUCACUUGAGUUUAUUAAAGAAAAAAAAUAUAUUAAGGAAAUAACAAAAAAAAUAUAAAAAAACGAAAAAUUACACAAAAAAAUGCCGGCACUUGAACUGUUCCAGACUUAGACUAUUCAAUUGAUAGGUAAAACUACAACUCUCAACAGUCAGCAGCAACGAAUUUGACGAAAACCACUCGUAGAGCUGUAACCCACCCAUCCAUCUGCAUUUAAAUCAGUUGAAAUAUAUACAACAAAAAUAGGUCAUUGCAAAAUGUGUAUCCACCUCUGGUCUCUAGCUCCGCUGUCUAGCAAGCCACACGCAUCGGUAACAGCUGCUAUAUACUUAAGUAAGACGUUGAUAAGAACUGUGUUUUUCCUACUUGACAAAAAAGAAAUAUAACAUUUCUUGUACUAAGCGUUUUAUUUCCCUAAAAUAAAAUUUUGUACUGUAAAUGUAAGAGCAAUUGAAUAUUUGCAGAUGAAAAGAGAACAUGAGAUUAUAUACAUAAUUAUAUGUGUAAUGAAGUCUACAAUUGAGGCUUUUUUCCUUUUGGAAUGUAGCACAACAGAGAUUUGAGGAAUAUUUUAAAAAAAAUAUUGCAUAAAAGUUUGAAACUAUUUUUAGUUUUGCAUUAAAAAAAAACACAAAAAAUUAUAAUUGCAGUCCACGGUCUAAAUUUAAAUGCAAAAUAACCUUGAAUACGCCGAGGCUUUCGUUGACCGUAGGUUAUGAUUUGGAUGGGGUGGAUGCUCUAUGACAGUCGUACCACAAUGCACAGUUAACCCCAUCUGUCCAAAAAGCAACGGUGAUGAACACAACACAUUUCCCACAUCCGUAGAGAGAGAGAGGAAAAAAAAAGGUGCAUUUAUCAACGGAUACAAAACAAAUUGGUUACGGUCAUUUAGAUGUUAUUUUUUCCCCGCGAGGUGCACAUCCCAGUUGUGUCACGAGUGAAAAGAGAUGCAAUAUAAUUUUUUUUGUUGAACCCAUCACAAGUUAGGAGUGCACUACUGGGUUGUUAUUAUGAUUAUGAGGGGGGGGUUAUUUUUUUCUCUCCUUGACAGUUAACUGGACCAGACUCGGGCUGCAAUCGAUUAAUAAGCAGGGGGCGAUCAGCUUGUCUCGUGCAUUGACGCCGAUUCGGCUUGCCACUGUGUUAUAAUAUAAUACAACCAUGGUGCUAAAUAUGUUUGCAUUAAAACGGCUGACAGGGACCACGGAUGGCUUUGGCAAAGCUUCAAGUGGCCUUUUUUUUUUUGGGGAGGUGGGGGGGGGGCAUUGCUUUGGUGGUGCAGAUGGCAACGACUGCAUAUAACGCCCACCCCCUGGUUGUAGACUGUCCCUGGGAGAGGUUGCAUUUUGCUGUACUGCUUUUUGGUUGCAUUGAGUAAGUAGAAGGUGGUUUUCUGCGGUUUUUUUUCAUUUCGAUUGUUUCGUUUGAAAAUUUGUACGGCUGAUUGAUGAUGAGAGUGCAUUGCAUCCCCGACCUUUGUGUUACCGUGGGGUGAUCUUGUGUGCGUACAGGUGUGUGACCAUUAAACAAAAAAAAAAGCUUAAAAAAACAAAGUAUAUAAAAGGUGGUUUCAUAAUCUAGUCCAUUAUUGUGAUUCUUGUAAUCCUGAAAGGCCCAUGGAGAAGGCAGCAGUGGAAAGAAAGUUCUGAUUAUAUGCUGCUAUUUUUUAUUAAAAAAGAAUACACACCAAACCCUAUUUUCGUCAUCGGUCUGUGUGAGGCGCAUGCACCUUCUGCAGUUUUCAACGCAAGCUGGACGUGCCUGUGUGUGAUCUAAGCAAAAUAAAAAGGGGGAGAUUAUAAUCAGUACUGUACAGCAUUUUCGUGGUUUAACCCAAAUCUUCUUUUCCAACGCUUGUUAAAACUGUCGAUGCUUUGAGUUAAAGUUGUUGAAUGUGUGUUUCGUGCACUGGUGAAACCCACACAAUUUGUUGUACCCUUGGCACUUUUUGGAAGAAAAGAAACCUUGACAUGAUCAGUUUUUAUAUUUGUCUCGGAUGAAGACAAAUAAUGGCGAGCAGAAGUGAUUUUGAAUUGGAAAAUGGUAAUAAAUUAUUUCAUUGAUUCGCAUGAUUAAAGAUCCAGAGAGGGAAAAAUGACAUGUUUUAUACGAAUAUUGAAAUCCUCGCAGAAAAAUUACUGACCUGUUUUCAUACCCUGGUAGUGAUAUUUCAUUGGAAGUGACGCAAUUUUAAUGACUUUAAUGUGCCAUUCAUUGUGACCCCCUUCAUUUGUAACGGGGACUUUAAACCCUCGUUAAUUUACAGUCGCUAAAACAUUUUCAGUAAUGAAAUCAGCGCGUUGCAUUCCUGUAUCGUGUAUUCAGCAGGAAAUAGCUUGGAGCCAACGACUCCAUUCUCUUUCCCUGUUCCUCAGGUCAAGAGUGUUGGCAUAUUUUGUCGUCAAAUAUUUACAAGGCUGAUAGCGGUUUAAUUGAAAAAAAACUAAACUAUAACUUGGAUCCUCACAGACAAAUUUCCGGCCGGCGAUGGCGUAUGAGAUUCGUCAUAAGAUGCUAUUAAUCUUGAAGUUAAUUCCCGAUUAAAUUUCUUCUACUCGUCAUGUAAAACUAGGUAUGGGAAAAUGGAUUGACCUAAGCCUGACUGCUGGUGAAGCCCAGUGUGAUUAUGCUCACACUGGUGUCAUUGAUUUCUGGUUCUGAAAAAUAAUUGUGCCGUUUUAGAACCAAAGGGCUAACUCAAAAAGCACGAAUGCAAUCUAAAGAAAAUGUCUGUCUCAAACCUUGGUAAACCUCUGCUGCAACAAAAAACCAGUGCACCUUAUCUGCUAGUUUUUUUUGUUUUAAACGAUAAGCCAUGGAGCCUUUUCAUCGGUAAAUACUUUUUGAAGUCAACCGUAAUGACAAUUGCUUUCUUGCAGGAUGUUGGUGCUUCUGUCGAUGUCCUCUGCAGUUGGUUUUGUCCGCUGACCCCAUUGUUCAAUGUUGGCAUAAGAUAUCGUAUGUACAUGCAUACUUGCAUCAAGGACUUCUGCAUGUAUCGUAAAUAUUGUGUUUUUACGACUUACAGACGUUUGGCCAGUCUUUGCAAAGAUACAAAAAAAAUACACUGCACUGAUAACCAA